AUGAACGCCAUGCUGCUAUUGACGGCGCUAUUUUUGUUUGUGAUUUACAGCGAGGCUCGAUUCUACCUGCCAAAUGAGGGCCCAUCGGGAAGCGUGAGGAUAGAAACGAGAUCCAUGCCAGAUGUGAUGCCUAGAGUUUCCCCUGUCGGUUAUCCGGAAGUUCAAUGGGUCAAUAUUGAGCCCCAGGAAAGCCUGCCGGUCUACAUCCGCCCUCCACGUCACCUCCCCUACCCAAUUCGGGGGUCUAGCCGAAAGUUUUUCGCCUGGCAACCCGAUCGGAUG